AUGUUAGUUCCCCUUUCUACCGAUACAAAACAAUUAAUCAAAUACCCAAUCGCAAAAGUAAAAGAUGACCACUUCACACCGUCUAAUCGCCUUCACCACGCCGGAAAACUACGCUGCCCGUCUCACCCCCCUAAUCCACCACAAGGGCUGGACACCACUCUGGUGCCCCACCGUAACCGUCGAACCCACCACCCACACCAAAUCCGCUCUCCUCCAUUACAUCUCCCCACCAAACCCCCAAAUCAACCUCUUCUCCGCCCUCGCCUUCACUUCACGCUCCGGCAUCUCCGCUUUUUCCGACGCCUUAUCAGACCUCCGAUCGCCGCCGUUACUCCCCUCCGGCGACCAGUUCAUAAUAUGCGCUCUUGGAAAGGAUACUGAGCUUGUUGAUAACUCGUUCGUUGGUAGAAUUUGUAACAACAAUGAAAGAAUCAAGGUUUUGAGCCCUAGAAUUUCAACGCCGGCGGGAUUGGUGGAGGAGUUAGGGCUUGGAGGCGGGCGGAGAGUGUUGUGUCCGGUGCCGGUGGUGGUGGAGUUGGAAGAGCCGCCGGUGGUUCCGAAUUUCAUACAGGAUUUGAGUUCAAACGGAUGGGUGGCGAUGAGGGUGGACGCGUAUGAAACGCAGUGGAUGGGGGUGGAGUGUGCGAAGGCGAUGGUACAGAGAGACAAUGGUGGUGUGGUGGAUGCGGUGGUGUUUACGAGUACGGGUGAAGUGGAAGGGAUGUUGAAGAGUUUGAGGGCGAUGGGGGUCUAUUGGGGGAAGGUGGUGGAGCGGAAUCCGGGGGUGGUUGUGGCGGCGCAUGGGCCGGUUACUGCGGCCGGAGUGGAGAGGCUUGGGGUGAGGGUGGAUGUGGUGAGUAGGAAGUUUGGGAGUUUUGAAGGUGUUGUAGAUGCUCUUGAUGAGUUUUGGAAUGAUUAAGAUGACUCUUAGUGGAAUGGUUACUAGUUUAGCAAAGGGGUUAUUGUAUUCAUUUGUUGUACAUGAUGCUUUUGUAGUUCUACAAUUUUCACUUUGAAGACUAAUUUUAUGCUUAUUUUAUCUAGAUUCA